AUGAUGUUUCUCGGUGGUAUUUUGAUCGCUAUCUUUGCACUUGCAUGCCAAGCGGUCCCUUUGGUCGAACGCCAGUCCAAUGAGAGUACCUUUGGUCUGUAUGCGUACGGCACCAAUAUCAACGGUCUACCCGUCUUUUAUGCCGAUGGCCUAGCACAAAUCGGCGACGCAUCGCACUCCUCCGCAGCGACCGCUAGGAAUGUGUACUUUACAUCUAAUUCCACUGACUCUCACACAUGGAUUGCCCACGUCAAUAACACGCUGCCCGAUAUCGUUUAUAGAAAUAUCAUUGUUAGGGCUUUCGAUGUCAGUGCGCCAGAUUUCGGACCCACAGCAGAAAGCCUGAGUACCCAGCUUCUAUGUCUCACCCAGACGAAUUCAACAUCAACGACUGAUCCAGUUGGUUUCGUUGCUCCGGCUGACUCUGGGGGCAAGAUUGUCGACACUUUCACUCAGUACAGUUACAAUGUCAUGCUUAGUGAACAUAACGCAAGGUUCUAUGCAAGGCCCAAUGGCAAUGGUACCUAUGACUUGCUAUGGAGUACAGUUACAGACAAUGGAGAUAUUCCGUUGCUAUUGAAGACAAUUGGAGUGUGGGAACAACCAGUCUCGGUGGCCCCUGGCAAAUAA